ACUAUAAAAAUAAAAACGAACUUCAAGAAACUCUCUUCUUCUCCACGAAAACGACUGUCGCCGGAUUUGAACUGGACACAUGGAUCCAGUCCACGACGGCCGUCCCACCCAUCGAGUACUCACUAGACGAAUCUGAAUCAUACUCAUUCCUCCGAUCAACGCUAGUGGGACCCAAUUUCUUAAGAUCGUGAAUCCUGCCAUUGAUUGUAUACAGAAAUGAUAAUUCUUCUUAGUCAUAAUUAGGUCUGUUUUUAUGGAGACGGAAAGGAGUCCUAAACGAAGACGACAUGCCCCUGCUACUUUCUCCUCCAAAACUUCACAAUCAUUUAACGCACCCUAAUGCUCGAAAAGAUCUUACCGCUUGGGAGGAUCGGCAGCUCUUGAGCUCAGGAGCUGUACGGGGACUUCAAGGAGUCCAGACUGAGCAUGACAAUGAAGAAGAACGCCGAGUCGUUCUUCUUGUUCAUGAUACAAAACCUCCUUUCCUGGAUGGUAGAGUUGUUUUUACCAAACAAGCAGAGCCUGUCAUGCCAAUUAAAGAUCCCACCUCAGAUAUGGCCAUUAUUUCUCGUCUAAGAUCUACUCUGGUUAGAGAAAUUCACGACAAACAGAGUAUGAGUAAGUCACGCCAACGUUUUUGGGAGCUUGCUGGCUCGAAACUCGGUGAUAUUCUAGGUCUUGAGAAGACAGCUGAACAGAUUGAUGCUGAUACUGCUAGUGUGGGCAAAGAAGGUGAAGUUGAUUUUAGGGAAGAUGCAAAAUUCUCACAGCACUUGAAAAAGGAGGAAGCUGUGAGUGAUUUUGCAAAGUCAAAAACCAUUGCUGAGCAGCGGCAAUAUCUUCCCAUAUAUUCAGUACGAGAUGAUCUAUUGCAGGUGAUUCGUGAAAAUCAGGUAGUUGUUGUUGUGGGAGAAACUGGCUCAGGAAAGACAACUCAACUGACCCAGUAUCUCUAUGAAGAUGGAUUUACAACCAGUGGCAUGGUAGGGUGCACCCAACCAAGGCGUGUAGCGGCCGUGAGUGUUGCAAAAAGAGUUAGCGAAGAGAUGGAAACUGAACUGGGGGAUAAAGUUGGUUAUGCUAUUCGUUUUGAGGAUGUGACUGGGCCAAACACUAUAAUUAAGUAUAUGACAGAGGGAGUGCUUUGGCAAGAAACUUUGAAAGAUUUUGAUCUUGACAAAUACCGGGUUGUAGUCAUGGAUGAAGCUCAUGAGAGAUCGUUGAACACAGAUGUGGUGUUUGGGAUUUUAAAGAAAGUGGUUGCUCAGCGUCGUGACUUUAAGCUAAUUGUGACAUCUGCAACUUUGAAUGUUGAGAAAUUUUCAAAUUUCUUUGGAUGUGUUCCGAUUUUCCACAUCCCUGGGAGAACAUUUCCUGUAAAUAUAUUGUACAGAAAAACUCCAUGUGAAGAUUAUGUAGAAGCUGCAGUGAAGCAAGCCAUGACCAUCCACAUUACCAGCCCUCCAGGUGACAUCCUUAUAUUCAUGACUGGCCAAGAUGAGAUUGAAGCGGCUUGUUAUGCCCUCGCUGAGCGCAUAGAACAACUUGUCUCUUCCACAAAGAAAGCAGUUCCUAAACUCUUGAUACUUCCAAUGUACUCCCAACUUCAUGCUGAUUUGCAAGCAAAAAUAUUCCAAAAGGCUGAAGAUGGGGCACGCAAAUGCAUUGUCGCCACCAACAUCGCCAAAACUUCUUUGACUGUUGAUGGAAUUUUUUAUGAGAUCGACACUGGGUAUGGUAAAAUGAAAGUUUACAAUCCGAGGAUGGGUAUGGAUGCUCUUCAAAUUUUUCCUGCUAGCCGUGCUGCUGCAGAUCAGCGUGCUGGACGUGCCGGCAGAACUGGUCCUGGCACAUGCUAUAGGCUUUAUACAGAGAACGCAUACCUAAACGAAAUGCUGCCCAGUCCAGUGCCUGAGAUCCAGAGGACCAACCUUGGGAAUGUAGUUUUGUUGCUGAAGUCUCUCAAAAUUGAUAACUUGCUUGAUUUCGAUUUCAUGGAUCCACCUCCACAGGACAACAUCCUUAAUUCAAUGUAUCAGUUGUGGGUUUUGGGCGUGCUUAAUAAUGUUGGAGGCCUAACUGAUCUUGGCUGGAAAAUGGUUGAGUUCCCGUUAGACCCUCCACUGGCUAAGAUGCUCUUGAUGGGUGAAGGAUUAGGAUGUGUAAAUGAGGUUUUGACAAUUGUAUCGAUGCUUUCAGUGCCAUCAGUAUUUUUCCGACCCAAAGAUAGGGCAGAGGAGAGCGAUGCUGCCAGGGAAAAGUUUUUUGUUCCCGAAUCUGAUCACUUGACGCUGCUCAACGUCUAUUUGCAAUGGAAAGAGCACCAGUAUCGUGGAGAUUGGUGUAAUGAUCAUUUUCUGCAUGUCAAAGGAUUACGAAAGGCGAGAGAAGUUAGAUCCCAGCUGCUGGAUAUUCUGAAAACUUUGAAAAUCCCGUUAACUUCUUGCGGACGUGAGUUGGACAUUAUACGAAAAGCCAUAUGCUCUGCAUAUUUCCACAAUGCAGCGAUUAAAGGCGUUGGAGAAUACGUGAACUGUAGAAACGGAAUGCCAUGCCAUCUCCACCCUAGCAGCGCGCUAUAUGGUUUAGGUUACACUUCAGAUUAUGUGUUGUAUCAUAAAUUGAUAUUGACGACGAAGGAGUACAUGCAAUGUGCUACUGCAGUGGAGCCGCAGUGGUUGGCGGAACUGGGACCGAUGUUUUUCUCGGUGAAGGAUUCGGAUACAUCGUUGUUGGAGCAUAAGAAAAAGCAGAAAGAAGAGAAAACAGGCAUGGAAGAGGAAAUGGAAAAUUUGAGAAAGAAGCAAGCUGAUGCAGAGAGGGAAACCAAAGAAAGGGACAAGGCAAAGAGGUUGAAGCAGCAGCAGCAGCAAGUUUCAAUGCCAGGCUUCGGCCGAGGCGCUUCAUCCACUUGUAUGAGACCGAAAAGAUUUGGUUUGUGAAUAUCAUGUUAGUGAUAUGCACUAGGUCAAUUAUGUUUGACCAUGUUUUGACUUUAUCAUUUUAUUAUUUAUUGAUUGGCAGUUUUUAUCA